AUGUCUUCUAACAAUGACGUGACAGGUAAAGUCAUUGUAAUCAUGGGCGUAAGCGGAGCAGGAAAAUCUACCAUAGGUAAGAUGUUGGGGAAAGCUCUCUCUUGUGAUUUUCUUGAUGCUGAUGAUUUUCACUCUCUAUCCAACCGAGAUAAAAUGAGCAAAGGGAUUGCUCUUACAGAUGAAGAUCGGAUGCCAUGGCUCGGAAAAAUACAAGAAAGUUUGCGAAAACGUUUGCUCAAUGGAGAAACCGUUGUUCUUGCGUGUUCUUCGUUGAGGAAACAGUAUAGAGAAAUCUUGAGAGGCUCUGAUCCUGAUUACAAACCGGGAAGCUAUUCGAGUUGCAAGGUGAAGUUUGUGUUAUUGGAUGGUAAUGCAGAGGUGAUCGCUGCUCGGUUACAAAAGAGAGCUUCUGGAGGAGAACAUUUCAUGCCUCUCACUCUUCUUCAGUCUCAGUUUGAUCUGCUUCAAGCUGAUGAUGAUUGUGAAAAGAUAUUCAAGAUCAGUGUGGUUUUGAGUCCUGAUGUUAUAGUUGACUCAAUUCUUGAAAUGGUACCACAUUCUUUGAACACUUGA